GCUGACAGCUUGCAGCUUACACAUACUCUGAUUCAUAAUUAUAUACAAGUAUCAGUCUUUCAUACAAUUUAUAGCGAUUCGAUAUAAUUGAAUGCGCCGGUCAUAGCGGUACAGAUGCUAGACGCAGUGUAUCCUCGAAUACCCACUAUUCAGAACGAAUACACAUAUGUACAGAAUUCAAAGUAACAAUACAAGCACGCUUACGUAAUACAUAUAAAUUAUUAUAUCUAUCUACUAUGACGGCGAGACGACUGGAAGCGUCGGAAGAAGUCCGCGCCUAUGUCAGCAAAAUAGAGAAGCAAAACGAAGACCUCAAGGAAAGAGUUGCACAGUUAGAAAAGCAAUUCAAGGCAGCCCAGGAUUCGUUCAAUGUGCUGGACGAUGAUUUGUGCUGUGCAAAAGUGUACCAUAAGGUCCUGGAAGCGGAAAAUAGGCACUUUAUCGAUCAACUGAAUGUACAUACACCAGGCUUUAGGAAGGCGGUCGAUAAGAGACGCGAGAUCGUUGCAGACGAAUUGAUAAACGCCUGGCACAGGCGUGAGAAGCGCUUGCGAAAGAAUAGCACCAGCGAUUUAGUUGCACAGUUACAACACCGCAAGAACUACGAGUGUCUCCGAAACUCAUUGAUUGAAAUUGAGUUGCAGGGCAAUCUGGUGUUGGAUAUAGAGACGGUCAAGGAGGUGUGCAAGAGGGCUGAUUACAUCAAAGAGUUUGUUCGAGUUGAAAAAGUGAUAACGGAUGCGAGGCACAAGUGUGGGGGUGUAGACUAUUUGAUUAUACCACGCAAAGCGAAUAAACCAUCUCACACUACGGAUGAUAGUACAAACACGGGGUCACACAAACGUGCGCAUAUUGACUUCGACGGAGAAGAGGAGCGCUCUAAUGUGGCUGACGAUAGAAAGAGGCUGGCCUUGGGUGACGGUACGGGUAAGGGUAUGAAUACCACCGAGACUCUUGGUAACUCUGCUGCUUCAAAUAGUUCUGAACAGAAAGCUCCGGAUAGUGCCGGGACUAUGAGUGUGUCUGAGGUCCAAAACACCACAAAUCUUGAUGUUGACUCCGUCAAGGAUGCAGUUUCCGGUGGAGUACCAAGCGAGAGCCAAAAUGCGAACGACGGCGUGAUUUCAGGUAAAAAUAAAGUUAGCGCUGGAAAAGCCGCCACCACAAGCACGACUGGCGAUAGUGCCAAAUCUGCUGGCAGAGGCACAGUAGUAAAAGAGAGUAGCAAGGCGAAAGAAAAAAAUUCGGCAAAUGGAAAGGGCGAGGGCAGUGCGUCUAAGGGUCUUAGCACAGACGUGCAUACGAGCGUAGUGUUGACCUGGUUUGCAGAGAUAGCCGCGCCCAGUGAGAGAUUCCAGGACAUGCUAGACGACCAGGACUUCCGAUGUGGAGAUUUGAUAGUGAAACGGGGCAGGAAACGCAUGGCAACUGAUGGUACAGCCGAUGCGGGGGUCACUUCGUUACCUACUGUACCAGAGCGCGAUGUAUCGCCCCCGCCGAUAUUGGUCCCGGAAAGAGAGCGCGCGCCAAUACCGGUACAGCAGUAUAGGCCAUCGCCGAAUAUGAAUUACUCGCCCUCACAGCACAGGCCUCAAGGCGUGCAGCAGAUGCCGGUGCAAGCGCAAUAUAUGCACCCCUCUGCUGAUCCUUAUGCGGCACACGCUCAGUACCAAAUAUCUUUAUCUUCACAGCAACCGCAGCAACUACAGCAAGGCAAUCCAUACUCACAAGAGUAUGGACCCAGUGCUAAUGAGAGAUAUGCUCAGGCACAAGCCCAGCACCAGAAACAUGUGUUUGAUGAUGAGAUGCGGAUGGAGGAUGCGGAGACUUUGCAUGUCAAUCUCCAUAACAGUGAUAAGAAGACUGACAGGGGCGGGAAGCGGUCUAUGCGUGAGCAACAAUGUCCGGAUUGUGAUACGAAGUUUAAGUACAUGAAACCAUUCGAGAACCAUAUGCGCCUUAAACAUGGGAAGGACAAUUACAAUAUUUACCAAUGAGAAAUGUGUAUAUUUUUGUACAUAAAUUAAUAUUGAAAUAUAUACAUAAAUGUGGAUAUUCGCA